AUGUUAUAUCGAAAGCUGCGUUGGCUCAAUGUGUACGGAAAGAACGUGAAAGAAAUGAAAAGGCCUACUCAUGCAAGCCCAUUCCUCCAUGAGAUUAGGAAUAUUAGAGUUGUUAUUCGCAAUGAGUGCAAUCUCAAUAUUAUCCACAUUUCUAAGGCAAAGGAAAAGGAAAAGGCCAAUGCAAUAUCUAAAGGAAAAGAAAAGGCAACUUCUUUUGAUAAAGGAAAGGAAAACGCAUGUCCAAUGGUGAAUGCAUUCGUUGCUAAAUUUCGUCAAGCUCAUGCAAUUUUAAAUCAAUUAGCCUUGACAGGACGAAAUUUACCUGCUCAUCUCCACUACAAUUCAACAACAGAUCGACGACAGUAUAACCUACCAACUACAGAUGAGAUUGUAGUUGUAAUACCAGGUGAUGGAACUAAGGUGCCGGAACAGGGAAAACGUUUUUUGUACAAUACAAUUGCAUUGAAGUGUCGCAGCCUUUGCCAUAUUGUUAUUAUUGUGGCUUCAUCUGGAAUUGCAUCAUUGUUAUUGGUAAGAGGUCGCACUUCUCGUUCAACUUUUUCCAUUCUGUUGGAUGUAUUGGAAAAUUCAAUUUGUGGAUUUAGCAAGCAAUCAUUACAAGCAGAAUUGUUUAGAGAAACAAAACUUAUAAUCUGGAAUGAAGUUCCUAUGCAGCAUAGACAUUGUGUUGAGGUAGUUGAUCGCACACUUUGGGACACUUUUGAUAGUGAAAAGUCAUUUGGGGGUAUUGUUACCUAA